AUGAUGAUGCGCGUCGCAUUUCCGUGGACAACAGAGCUCAUUUUGGGUAAAGCUGGCAAUGCUCGAGAAGAAAUUAAAUUCCUAAGAGAUGAAAAGAGUGCUCAUGUUUUUGAAGAUCCCGAGAUUGGCCUCGCAGCCGACGACGUCCGGCCGAUGAAGCCGUCGCUGCAUGAGGGAAAUAAGAAGAAGGCGGAUUCUGGAGAUGGGAAAAGUGCUCAUGAUUUUGAAGAUCCUGAGAUAGGCCUUAUGGGUGAUGACGUCCGACCGAUUGAGUCGUCGGUGUCCAAGGAAAAAGAAAAAAGGCCAAGGAAAAAGAAGAAGGUGGAUUCUAGAGAUGGGAAGAGUGCUCAUGAUUUUGAAGAUCCCGAGAUUGGCCUUGUUGGUGACGACGUCCGACCGAUUGAGUCGUCGCUGCCUAAGGACAAAAUAAGAAAGAGGGAUUUUGAAGACAAACGCGCACUUGAUACAACCAAACCAGCAUUAUAUCUUGAAGCGAAUAACACGGCGAUGGCUGAUGGAGUUAUGCGGAUUUUGCACAAAUUGCAGCUGACUCAUUGGGCCAGGCCCAAGCGGAAUAUUCUUGCGCUUUCUUCACGUGGCAUCGUUGCGAUGCGUACGAAAGUAGGAAGGUUAAAGCUGGGUUUAUCACUGAGAACAGGUACGCCAUGCUCCUUGGCCAACUUACAGGCGUUUUCGCUUAUGUCAGCCGACUUGGUAUUCAACCAGAUCCAUGAUAAAAAAGGUUUGUCCAAGAAAUCCAAGUUUGGACAGCGUUUAGUCAGCAGUUCAAUCGCGUGUACACGCCACUUGGGCGUAACAUCCCACGUCUUCUGCAGCACCGUCCUCGGGUGUAAGGCCCACAACACUACAUAUACGCAGCACCGUGCAAGACCAGAUCUUGGUCCAGCUCGUCAUGACCCAGACCAUAAUUUGACGGGUUUCACUCAGCUGUUUAAUCUACUCACGUUGGUGAACAAGUAA